UUUUCGUUCGUUCGUUCUCUCUUUCUUAAUAGCUGCCGAUGGACUUGUCGCACUUCACGACAGAGCCUGGCGCGGCGUUCGCAAAUGCAUUCUCGACACCAAACCACCCGUCGCCGCGGCCUGGCGAUGGCAGCGAUGCCGCCGAACGCGCGUCGCUCGUCUCGCGCAGGACGACGACCGCUUCGACCGCAGCCGGGGCGCACCACCGCAUGGCCGCCAGCUCGAUGACCUCGACCUCCGCUCGCCCGUCGCCACUGGCCACGUCCAACCUCGCGGCGACGUCCUCGGGGGCUGCACACAACGACGCGCACUCUCACGCAGCGGCGGCGGUGGACAGGCUCGGGGCUGCCGGCAUCAUUGGAGCGAAUCCCGCCAUGUCCCAUCCGCGCGCGCUCGCCUCGCAGUCCACGCCGGCGCUUCGGUCGCUCGCUCGCAGCUCAAGCCACGACCCGCACUUUAUGUCGUCGAGGGACAACCGCCAGCCGUCCGACGACGACAUGCUCGUCCUGUCCGCCCCGCGCAAGUCGUCCGAUGCGCGCAGCGAAGACCUCGCACUCCAUCGGGACCGCGGUGCCAUUGCCCGAGCUUCUGCUGCCGCUGCUGCUGCUGCUGCUGCUGCUGCUGCUGCUGCUGCUGCUGCUGUUACUCAUGCAACUGCUGGUGGUGUUACUGCUACUGCUACUUCUGCUGCUGCCGCUGCUGCUGCCAACCCAAUGUUGGCAGAUACAGCCUACCGCCAGUUUGGAUUCGAUGCCGCAUUCGACACGGGCUCGGGUAGCGAAUUCGCCGCUGCCAACUCGGCGCUGGUGUUUGGUCCGAAAGACAUGGAGGCGCCGUUCCAGCACCACUACCUCCCGCAGCAUCAUUGGCAGCAGCGUGAACACGGCGGCGGCGCGUUGCCGCAUGCUGGCGCCUCAGCUCCUGGGAACUUUGGUUCACCGUUUGCUCCGUCCGCCGCUGCUGGUCUGCCGCAACACCCCAACCCGUUCACGAACCCUUUCGCUCCGACGACCGCAACGCCCCGUUCAUCCAUCGAGCAGCUCAAUCUGGAUCCGGCCGUCGGCGCGGGCAGCUACAAUCCUCAAGCCCAUGAUUGGGCCGCACCUGCCCUCCCUUCAGCCGGCUCCGGCUUGGUCAAACCGGCCUCCUCGAGCUCGCUUAGCCGCCUCGACACGACCGUCUCGCCACGCGGUCUUCCCACCAUGGCGGCGAUUGCGGAGCGCUCGACUGAAAUUUCCCGAACUGCUUCAGAGGCAACCAUGACUGCGCCGACUGACAAUGCACUGCCACCUCUCCAGCGCCGGGGUUCGCACAGCUCCGACCGGCAUCUACUUGCCCAACAUUCAGUCGAAUCAAGCCACUCGGAACUGUCCUUCACUGCACCCAUGAAGGAUUCCGAGUCUGCGCCGUCCGUCUUUGAUCACCACACCAGCCAGCCCGAGGUCGAGGGCUCGGAUUCUGCAGUGGUCGACUUGACUGCGACCUCGUCGGCGCGGUCUCUUCCUCUCAUGUUCUAUGCAAACUCUCGCUCGAAUUCUUGGCGAGAUUUGAACGCUGCUGCUCGCGAUGGUGCCCCUUCACGCCAGUCCAUGUCCUCAUUCGUACUCAAGCGUCACCCCAGUUUAAUUGCUGAUGUUGAGUACAAUCGUUUGUAUCGUUUCUUGUCCCCUGUUCGUCGGUUCCUCAGCAAGUACCUUUCCAUCGAGACACCAGUGCACCGCUCUCAAAUUCCCAACCGCGAACUCGAUUACACGAGUGACGAAGCUGAGCAGGUUGUCAUUCCGUACGUCAUGCAGAUGGGCAAAGCUCUGCAAGCGUGUGGAGUUCCUGUACACCGUCUCAAUUAUCAAUUGGACAUGAUGUGCAAAGCUCAUGGCUUGGAGGGAAACUUUUUCGCUGUUCCUGGAGUCCUCUUUGCCUCAUUUGGCCCGCCGGACUCCAUCCAGUCGCCAAUCACUCAUCUCAUCACAAUGUCAGCAGGUGAUCUUGACAUGAGCAAACUCGCCGAGCUGGACACCCUGGCGGAGGAAGUCGCGCUGGGCAAUAUCGCCGUCGAGGAAGGCAUUGAUCGGAUUCGAGAAAUCAUGGCCAGACCGCCUCGCUUUUCAUUCAUUUACUCUUGCUUGGGCAUUAUCUUGUUGGCUGGCGUGGUCUCGUUUUUGUUCGGCGGCUCGGGAUACGAACUUUUUGCGAGCUUGGUUGUUGGCUUUUAUCUUUGCUGCGUGAUGGCGAUUGCUCGCCACUUUCAAGGCGCAUCGCUUCUCGUUGAAAUCGUGGCCGGCUUUGGCGGAGCCAUUACGGCUGCGAUUGUUAGUUACGUGAAUGGAAGUCAAAUCUCGAUCUACCUGGUCACGUUAUCUGGCAUCAUUAUGCUUGUUCCUGGAAUGUCGGUGACAAUUGCUUUCGCGGAAAUCUCCUACAAGAAGUACUUGACGGGCGUGGCUCGCUUGUCCGGCGCGUUGAUUAGUAUUCUGCAACUUGCCGGCGGCACAAUGCUUGGUGUCUACUUUGUCGAUAACGUCAUGCCGUCGCAGACGACAACCGCGCCCAAUGCGCCAGAGUCACUGCCGGAUUGGCUGACGGUGCUUGCGAUUCUGCUGGCCGCGAUCGGUACCUCUUGGCUUCUCCAAGUGCCUUGGAGGAACUUCCUGAUGGUUCUUCUCGCUGAUACCAUUGGCAUUGUAUGCGGUCGCUACCUCCCAAUCGCGAUCGGAUCGAACGCCGCGUCUUUUGUCGGCGCGUUUGCGCUUGCGAUCGCAGGCAACCUGUCCACGUACAUUCUUCGACACGCAAUCUCUUCGACAAUCAUCUUCUCGGGUAUCAUUAUGCUCGUUCCUGGCUCUCUCGGCGUGAAAGCCAUGUGGGCACUCGCUGGCGCGUCCACCAACAUCAACACGGAUGCUAGUGCCAACUUUUCUGCCAUGCUGCUGACUGCCAUGUGCUUGUGUGGCGGGCUGUUUGCCGCCAACGUCCUUCUACGGCCUCUGAAAGCGCUUUGAGAAGUUAUUGGCGGGUUUGUUCAACAUUGUUGUUUUUAUUUAUUGAGUGUGCCGAGUCCUACAUGUCUAUUUUCACAACAUUCCACCAA